GUGCGCACUCGUCACCCUUUUCAGGAGCUAGGCGCAGGCUGGGUUCGAGCGUUCGAGCGUUCCGGCGGCGUUCACCUUCUCUUCCCUCUUGGGGCCUGUGGGUCGCGGGCAGCGCCCUCUAUUCCGGCCGGGCACACAGCAUGGCCGAAAACCGAGAGCCCCGCGGAGCCGUCGAGGCUGAGCUGGACCCGGUGGAGUACACCCUGCGGAAGCGUCUCCCCCACCGCCUGCCCCGGAGGCCCAAUGAUAUUUAUGUCAACAUGAAGACUGACUUUAAAGCCCAGCUGGCCCGCUGCCAGAAACUGCUGGAUGGAGGGGCUCGGGGUCAGAACGCAUGCAGUGAGAUCUACAUUCACGGCUUGGGCCUGGCCAUCAACCGAGCCAUCAACAUUGCCCUGCAGCUGCAGGCUGGCAGCUUCGGGUCCUUGCAGGUGGCUGCCAAUACCUCCACCGUGGAGCUUGUCGAUGAACUGGAACCAGAGAUCGAUACGCGAGAGCCACUGACCCGGAUCCGCAACAACUCGGCUAUUCACAUCCGUGUCUUCAGGGUCACACCCAAGUGAUUGAGAUGAGGCUGGCCCACCUUAUCCACCCACCCCCGUACAGCUAGGCUCAGAUGUGGCUCUUUCUUGUACUGAGUACUGUCAUGGACCUUCUACCAGAGCCAUGUAGGAAAAAGCCUGUUCCCUCGUAGCCCAGAGGACUCUGAAUUGAGAGGGCAAAUACUGUCUUUUGUUGGGCCCAAGCAGUGGGGCUUCCUGAAUCUUUGUGGUCUGUAACCAUUGUCAUAUACAAUAAAAAGUAUCAAGUUGUGUUGGUGCCUGGCCAUCCCGCUGCACUGCCUCUCCCCUGUAUAAAUUCUGGAAAGGAGAGUAGGAGAGAACUUUACAAGGAUUUAGGUACAGUAGGGGAACCCCAGUGUGUCCUGCCUUCACAGAAAGAGCAUAAAUUGUACUACGGACACUGCACCCUAAAACAAACUUUACUACAGUGCAGAAGCCUGACAAUUCCAAUGUUUGCUUUAAAAUAUUUCAUCCUCACAGAAGAAGGCAGGGAAGAUAAGUGAUAUACUCACACCCGCUGGAGUGUAGCUGGGGUGUAGUUGUAUGCUAGGAAAGCAUCAGGUUCUCUGCCGGCAGUUCCCAGGCACAGGAAGGGUGAGGGUUUAAGGGUGAAGAAGGCAAACAGAGAUGGGGGCCUCCUUUGUAUCAGCCUGUGGUAGGGACUGAGACACUGCUUCAUUUGAUUCCUGGUCCUGUGGGGCCCAAAUUGUUCUAAACAGCUGUGGUCCAGAGCCCUUCAGACCCUUGUGGCUGGGCUGUUCUAAACAGGAAAGGAUAGCCUUCCCUUUGAAUUACUGGGCACACAGGUCAUAAGUACUUUUUGUUUAGUUAUUUGUAGGAGGAUCUGAUUUUUCAUGUUUAUCAAACAAGUCACCUAAAGCAGUUUUUAUCAAAGUGGGUGGUGACCGAUAUGUGGGUCU